GCCGGGUAGUCGGACCCAGGGCGAUUUCUGCCCACGGUCCCGAGUGGUUCUGGGCCCGGCCCACGGCAUUAGGGGCGCGCGCGGUGGCGUUCCCACGCACACUUGGUGAGCCGGGUGCCGGGGAAGGAUCGCGCGUGCAAGAGGUGGACGCUCGGUGUGUGGUGUGUCCACGUGUGCAAGCUCGGGGAGGGCAGAAGGCGCGACAAAGACAGACUUUGUAUCUGAGUGUGCGCCUCGCUCAAGUCCGGAGCGGCGAACUGUGCCCCGCGUGUGUCUCACGGGAGAGCCAGGACGAAGGUGACAAAGACUAGGUGUCCGCCCCGGAGAGACGCACCAAGGUGGCCCCCGCGCGUGUUUGUGUGCGCGCGCGCUGGGACUCGCGGAGAGGGAGAGCCCGCCCGCGAAUUGUGUUGGGCUGCACCCCAAACCGCUUUCCGGAGAGAAAACCGAGUCCCGAAAGUAAGUGCGCGUGAGUGUGCGCGCGCCCGCGUGCGGGGGCGUGGCAGUAAACAGCAGCAGCCCACAAGCCGGCCUGGCCAGAAACUCCGAUCUCCCUCCCCUGCCGGAAAGUGCGUCUAGUCGCAGCCUGGAGGGACCCAGCUGGGGCCUGGCCUGGGAGCCAGGAUGGCCAUCCAGGAAGCGGUGCUGAUAUGCCUGGGACUGCCUCUCUUCCUCCUCCCAGGGGCCCGGGCCCAGAACCACGCCCCAGCUGGCUGCAGCCCGGACCUCAACCCCCUCUAUUACAACCUGUGUGACCGCUCUGGGGCUUGGGGUAUCAUCUUGGAGGCAGUGGCGGGGGCGGGCAUCGUCACCACUUUUGUCCUCACCAUCUUCCUCGUGGCCAGCCUCCCCUUCGUGCAGGACACCAAGAAGCGGAGCCUGCUGGGGACCCAGGUGUUCUUCCUGCUGGGGACCCUGGGCCUCUUCUGCCUCGUCUUCGCCUGCGUGGUGAAGCCUGACUUCUCCACCUGCGCCUCUCGGCGCUUCCUCUUUGGGGUCCUGUUCGCCAUCUGCUUCUCCUGCCUAGUGGCCCACGUGUUAGCCCUCAACUUCCUGGUCCGGAAGAACCACGGGCCCCGGGGCUGGGUGGUCUUCGUCGUGGCCCUGUUGCUGAGCCUCGUGGAGGUGAUCAUCAACACGGAGUGGCUGGUCAUCACGCUGGUGCGGGCAGGUGGCAGCGAGGGUGGCCCUCCGGCCAAUGGCAGUGCCAGCUGGGCCACCGCCUCCCCCUGUGCCAUCGCCAACGUGGACUUUGUCAUGGCGCUGAUCUACGUCAUGCUGCUGCUGUUCUGCGCCUUUGCGGGGGCCUGGCCCGCCCUGUGCGGCCGCUUCAAGCGCUGGCGGAAGCACGGGGUCUUCGUGCUGCUCACCACGGCCACCUCCAUCGCCAUCUGGGUGGUUUGGAUUGUCAUGUACACCUACGGCAACCAGCAGCGCAACAGCCCCACGUGGGAUGACCCCACGUUGGCCAUCACCCUCGCCGCCAAUGCCUGGGCCUUCGUGCUCUUCUAUGUCAUCCCUGAGGUCUCCCAGGUGACCAAGCCCAGCCCGGAGCAGAGCUACCAGGGGGACCUGUACCCCACCCGGGGCGUGGGCUACGAGACCAUCCUGAAAGAGCAGAAGGGCCAGAGCAUGUUUGUGGAAAACAAGGCGUUUUCCAUGGACGAGCCAGCCUCAGCUAAGAGACCAGUGUCACCGUACAGCGGGUACAACGGGCAGCUGCUGACCAGCGUGUACCAGCCCACUGAGAUGACCCUGAUACACAAAGCCCCGUCGGAAGGAGCUUACGACGUCAUCCUCCCGCGGGCCACUGCUAACAGCCAGGUGAUGGGCAGUGCCAACUCCACCCUGCGGGCCGAAGACAUCUACGCAGCCCAGAGCCACCAGGAGGCCACCCUGCCGAAGGAAGGCAAGAACUCCCAGGCUCAGUCCCCGAAAAAUAACACAAGAUGGUAGACGCCCUCUUCCCUGGACCGCACGUCGUUCUGCUGUCCUCAUUCCUGUGUCCAGGCUGGGCAGGGCCCUUGUCACUGGAGCGGGAAGGGCCCGGAGGCCACCGAUCUGGAACAGUGGAGUCAGGGGCCGUGUGAAACCCUGGGGCAUGUGGCUGGGGCUGUGGUCCACCCCCCCUCCCCACCCCCGCAAUUCCUGCCCAGCCCAGCCUCUCCUGGUCCCCAAGUGACCUGAGACCACAGGAGCCGUCUGCAGACACCCAGCCUCCCUCUGGAUGCCCUCCCCCGACAUCACAGCCCCUGUGCCCCCUGCUGUGGGUGUCCAGAUGGUCAUCCUUCCUGGCCAUCUUUCGGUUCCAGCCUCAGCCAGUCCCGCCCUGCUCCAAGGCGAAGCCAAACCGCGGCAAAGGUGGCCCUUGCCCUUCUCACCUGCACCUCCUGCCACCACCUGGACCGUGGAAGGCCGCUGAGCUGGGCAAAGCUCACUCGAGACCCGGACAGAUCGUGCCUCUCUUCCUGGCCUGCGGGUCCUGGAUCUGAGCCCCUCUGCAUCACCACCUGAUACCUUCAUUGAACUAGGUCCCAUAAAGACACAAGGUAGGGGCUAGGGCAGCAUUCUCAGGGGUCGACUGAGAGUCCUGGGCCAGAUGAACCGGGGUCUAGGCCUCUCCCAGGACUGAGACUUGUGGGACUGGGCGCAGCCCCUUAGGUACGAGGUGUCCAGGACUGAAGACUGUGCCAUUUCCUGGCGGGCAGAUGGCUAGGCUUCUGCCUCACCUUGGGCACCUCGACAGCGCUGGUGCUGUCAUCACCCAUGACAGGCUCCACCAGGUCCUGAUGGCCACCAAGGGAAGUGGGGGCGUCCUGGCGACCUGCAUGAUGCUGGCACUGGCAAAGAUGUGCUCACAGCUCCAGACUCGUGGGAACGAGAUCUCUGCAGUGUCUCCUUGGCCUCCUGCCCUCGGGUACCAGAGCUGGCUCCUCCAAGGGGCUCAAGCCAGGUGUGUCCCCAGAGCUCACCUCUGCCUGCUGAGACGAGGCAGGAUGAGCACAACGCAGGUGCUGACCCCAUAGGCGGUCCCACAGCCCUCACCCCCACCCCAGCGCCACCCUCUUGCCCCCAGCACCUGCGCCUUUGUCACCAGCGUGUUUCUCCAGGGCUAAGUUGGGUGAACAGGCCCUGCAGAGAGCAGGGCUGUACCCCCGAGUGUGACGACCCCCUCCCCAUCCACUGACCCUUGUCCUGGACUGUCCAGUUCCAUGAAUGGAGUAUUAGUUACUCUGAUGGAAGGGGAGGGGGGAGCUCUGAGCACCCCCGACUCCUUGUGAUCUAGGUUAGUAGCCCCAAAUCCCUCACAGUGAAUAAAGGCUCUAUCUCGCUUUUCGA